AUGCAACUUUGGGUAUUUAACCGCCUUAGGAUCAAUGACCAAACUGCAACGCUGUUGUUUCACCCUCAAACGUUCCAUCUCUUCUCCCGGGACAACGAAACACAACUUUUUGUCGCUGCAUACGAUAAAUGCAUCUUCAUUCCGCGAUUCGUAACGAUGCUCCACGGUGCCGCUUUCUCCACGAGAGUCCUGGGCGUUAGGAUUGCAUACUUGUUUGGGAAAGAUAACUUUGAUUCGGAGCAUUGCCCGCGAACGACGAAGCCGGUGCAGUACUCGGGUGACCUGGAUCCUUCAACGGCCCCCAUCAUGUCUAAUGACGUGUUGGAAGAUCAUGUGUUGGAGGAUCUUUUUGACUGUCAGAAGCAAAGUGGUUAUUGGCAGCUGAAAGCCAACAUGAAGAGGCAUGGUACCUAUUUCGACAUGGCUGUGGAUUCUGAAAGAAGCCUAAUCGAGCUGUUUGUGUUGCUCAUAGCGGCCAGGACGCGAUCCCAGGCCUACCAUGAAGCCUUGGUUACGGCCCGCCUUCGAGCGUUUUGGUUUGCGGAGAUCGUGUUCCGACCGCCUCCAGAUCUCCGUAAAGAUAGCCAACAGGUAGCCCGUGGGGGUCGCCAGGUUUCUAUUUUCGGACAGCAGGAAGUUUCACCUGCUGUGGAGGACUUUUUGAAAGCCAACGACGACGCCGGCGUAGGAAGCCGUUCAUGUGGAGGCAUUAAUGGAGCCACCAGUUCACGACUGGGACAGGCCGUGGUGGACUUUCUGCAGCCUCUUGUAAGACCCUCUCUCUUGCGCAGCAUUCGCCUCCGUUCGGCUGAGCGGUUGCAUUCGACUGAGCCCUUCCAUUCGAAUGGGCGGAAGUUGUGGCUGCAGCGUAUCCUUUCGUCCGUAGCCAUCGUGCCUGCCCAACUCCUCUUGGACGACCCGAGCAACGAGUUCCAGUCGGCGUGGUUCGACAUCUUCAGCCGGCCUGUGGAAGCCCCGCUCCUCUCCCACCCUCUCCCACUAUUUCGUCGCGAUGAACUGCCCGUUUCGGUCCCUUGCUCUUUUUGUCAUGUGGCAUGGAACAACUUUGACAAUGUGUUGCGCCCGUUCAGCCGCACACAUUUGCUGCACGUGGACUGCGCCUUGCGCUCAUACUACGCCGACUGCAACGGACUCGGUAGUCGACUAAGCAGCGACGCAGACCUGUCCCAUAUGUAG